AUGGUGUUCCAGCUGUUAGCAUUAAGAGAGCUGGAGCUCCUGCAGAGUCCUUUUUCCAUCAGAUGGUCGGUCGAGUCCACCGGCGUGUGCAGCAAGUCCGUCAUGGGAUCCCACCCGAGGAAUCCCGGACCACCCUGGAGGGUAACGGUAUGUCGCGGCAGAGGGCCAAGCCCUGUGUUGGAAUAUCCAUUGAUUUCUCGUCCAGAAUCCAACAUGAACAAAUUUGUGGCAUACUUCAAGGAGGAAUUAAAGGAUCAAAUGAAAGGCAAACCUCCGAACAAGCUGUGA